UGACAGACUGUUGUGAUCACGCCAGUACAUCACCACAACUUCUCCUAUGACAGAGAGAGGAGAGACCGACGUUGAUUCGCUGUACUCAAAAGUUGAGUACCGUAGAUGAAAGAAUUUCACACGCUUUGUUGGAUGGUUGGACGGUAGAUUUCCUGUGCCCAUGCGUAGUGAGUCUGAGCUAUUGAUUUCGCGCCACUUGAUGGCGACAUUGUCCUCCGAGUGGACAUCAUCGACAUCGACAAGCUCCCUUUGAUUUGCAGUUUGAUCUUCGGUGAAGGAGAAAUCCGAUUAUUUUUCAGGUUGCUCCAGAUCAGCAAGCAACUAAGGUCCAUCAUCUCACAAAUAUCAUUGGCAUUCCUUCAAGUGGCCGACAUUCUGCAAGGAGCAUGACUACAAAAGCAAGAAAAAUUCAAAUGACUGAAAAGAAAAGAGCUAGUGCUCGUAAGAAAAUCCUCCCGGCACCAAAGAAAUCUUUAACAGGCACAGCUUUGAAACUCCGAGAUGUGAAUCGGAGGAAUCGCUUUGGCGAAACUCUUCUCCAUAAUGCUGUACUUAAUGGUGAUAUCCAACUGCUGAAAGACAUUUUGAAGCUUAGACCAAAUGUCAACAUGACUGACUGUACAGGACGAACAGCCUUGCAUGAAGCUGCUCUCCGUAAUAAGUAUGAGGCUUGUCGUUGUCUGAUUAAUGCUGGCGCUCUGGUCAACAUUGCAACCCACAAAAAAGUUACAGCUUUGCAUGAGGCCAUCACAUUUGGCAAUAAAAGGAUAGUGGAGCUGCUCCUGAAACAUGGCGCAAAACCACCGCUGAAAACCAAGGAGAAAGAAACUGCAUUUGGCACUACUGAAAAGCGUCCUCGUCAAGUCAAGGUGGCUAAAACAAAACCUAAAAGCAACCCGCCUUUUGACAAUGGAGGAGAAAUAGUAGGGCCCAGGGAAACAAGUGACAUCUGUGAUCAGGAACAUGAGACUUCUGAUGAUGACUCCAUAAGCCUGUUACAUGGUAUUGAGCCCAUCCAAAGCAGAGGAAUGAUAGCAGGCUUGGAAAAACAUCAUUUAGCUUUAGAAACCAUCACCAAGGAGCAGGAAAAUAGGAUGGAGCAAAGUCCACGAAGGACUCCUUCAGGUACGGAGCAGAAAAACUUGUCAGAGUGUGAAGCAGACAGUGGCUGGGCAGCUCUUAAUGUGGAAGUGGUUGGUGAACCAUUGAAUGCUGGAGCCGAUAUUAAUGCUUCAAACCAUGAUGGUUUCAACCCUCUACAUGAUGUUGCAACAUCUGGACAUUACCAGGUGAUGUUCUCAGAAAAUAAUUUCUCUUACCCUCUCGAUAAGAGGGCUGAUUCCAGAUGCUCUGAGAUGGCUGUCCAUCAUUACAGCACUCGUUCUACUCAGGAAACACUGACCACAGUGAGGAGCAGUCUGACUCAUAUCAUGAAAAUUAGGACAGUUCAUUUGGUGGCUGAUGAAGAACUGAUACCAAAUGCUAUACUUGACAGCUACUGGCAAAGCCUCUUGCAGGGUGAUCCACGAUUAGGAUGGUAACCUCUCUCCACGGUCUCCUAAGAUUGAGUUUGAGGUGUCUCAUGUCAUAGGCAUGAAUUUUAAUGUGUUUUCUCACCUGUUGUUAUGAAUUUAUGCCACUGUUUUAGGUUUGACAUUUUGUCUCUUUCAUUUUCCAUCUUGUUUGUGAUCAGUUCUUUGAGGUAAUCCUAUGUGUUUUCACAAUUUAUUUGGAUCCUUUCAUGGAGUUAAAUAUGCAACAAAAAAUAUUACAAACAGAAUAAUGCACUGAAAAGAAAUGGAUAGAAUAAAUAACAAACUUAACUGAAUUAUGGGUAUGUCUUUUUCAUUGCUUGCCCUGCACCUGUAUACGUAAUGCUUUGGAAUCUUGCCUGAACAGAAGCAUCUAUGAUGGUCACUUGGAUCGGUGGUCUAAAUAAUAGAUAUGCACAGCUGAAGAUAAUGGAAGGUUUACUUUAGCAGGUUUAAUCAUUUGAAAUACCUGUAUGAACCUACACUUGGAUUGACCCAUGACAUAAUCUAAAAAUAGCAGCACAAACAAAAACAAAUGCAAUACAAAUGCACCAACACAUAUGACGCAACCCAGUUUCUGUGCGGGGAGAUCUCUUGGGUGCUCACCGGCUAAGGUAGUAAGAGCAUAGUGAAUGUGUAGUCAUAGUGUUGGACACAGUUCUGUGGUUGUGUGAGCCAGUGGGCGGGCUGUUCCCGAGACUCCUUCCCCACCUACCCCGACACCCUUCCCCUCCUACCUUCCGUCACUCCGCCCAAACCGGCCUCCAGUCUACGAUGGAGCUUCAAACAUAGCACACAGGACGCACACUCACCCUUUUUCUGUCGAAACUUUCUUCACACAUGGAGACCUUUUUCCUGCUGGUUCGCCUCCCAAUGUGCUGUAAAACCAACAGACCUCAUUCAAGCUGGUCUACCUCAAAGUGACAGUGGGGGAGAGCAUCUACAUUGACUCGCAUGGAGUUACCGGCAGGCUAUCUGGAAUUCACAGCCACACGUAUGAUGUCAACUGCAC